UUCUUUGUCAUUGUUGUCAUCAUUUACAGGAGUCAAGGAGGUUAUGAUUGAUAUGGCUCAAAACCAGGUGACUAUAAAGGGAAUAGUUGAACCACAAGCUGUGUGCAAUAGGAUAAUGAAGAAAACCAAGAGAAGAGCUAAAGUCUUAUCCCCUCUGCCUGAAGCUGAGGGAGAGCCCAUGCCAGAAGUUGUUAGUUCACAGGUUAGUGGAUUAACAACUGUGGAACUCAAUGUGAACAUGCACUGUGAGGCCUGUGCUGCCCAACUCCCAAUUGCAACAGCCAAAACAGAUCAAGAUUAAUAUACAUAAACCUCA